GUGGCCGCUGAAGUGACGUGUACUGGUGUUCAGAAGCAUCAUGGCGGCGCAGCAGGGAGAAGUGGACGAGUUAUUCGACGUGAAAAACGCCUUUUAUAUCGGCAGCUAUCAGCACUGUAUUAAUGAAGCUCAGAAAGUGAAGGCUUCAGGACCAGACAAGGAGUUGGAGAAGGACAUUUUCCUCUACAGGGCGUACAUAGCACAGAGAAAGUAUGGAGUGGUGCUGGAUGACAUAAAGCAGAGUUCCUCUGAGGAUCUGAAAGCUGUCCGUAUGUUUGCAGACUAUCUGUCUAAUGAGGGCAAAAGGGAUUCAAUCGUGGCUGAGCUGGAUAAGAAGAUGAGUCAAAGUGUGGACGUCUCAAACACCACCUUCCUGCUGAUGGCCGCCUCCAUCUACCUGCACGAGAUGAACACAGACGCUGCCCUGCGAACACUUCACCAGGGAGAGAGCCUCGAGUGCAUGGCGAUGACCGUCCAGGUACUUCUGAAGCUGGACAGAGUUGACAUGGCAAGGAAAGAGCUAAAGAAGAUGCAGGAACAGGAUGAAGAUGCUACACUAACUCAGCUGGCCACUGCCUGGGUCAACCUUUCUGUGGGAGGAGAGAAGCUGCAGGACGCUUUCUACAUCUUCCAGGAGAUGUCUGAUAAAUACUCUCCCACUCUAAUCUUGCUGAAUGGUCAGGCUGCCUGCCACAUGGCCCAGAACAAAUGGGACGAGGCUGAGUCUGUCCUGCAGGACGCGCUGGACAAAGACAGCGGCCACCCUGAGACACUCGUCAACCUGAUUGUGUUGACACAACACCUGGGCAAGCCUCCCGAGGUUACAAAUCGCUACUUAUCCCAGCAGAAAGAUGCCCACAAAUCUCAUCCUUUCAUUAAGGAUUAUCUCGUUAAGGAGAACGAAUUCGACAGACUCGCCAUGCAGUACGCUCCCAGUGCCUGAAAACCAGGCGUCGUUCUCUCUCUUCUGAUAUGGGCUGAAAGCAGUGAUCACUAUAACACAUGGUUUGUUUUUUUUAUUGUUUGCAAUAUGUUAAAACUCCUUCAUAAUUUCCAUAAGCAUUCCUGUACACUUGUUUAAUAAAUCUGUUAUUAUGUGA